CCGUACGUCACCCCGCGGUGCUGUGAGAAGUUAGCAGCUAGCAAGUUUAAGUCCGUCUCUGGUCUUUUUUUUUUUUUUCUUUACUUCUUAACUAGAGCGUAGCCAGGAUCUGAGCUCCUCAGUUUUUCCCGACUGCGGAUUUCUCUGCACUUGUGAAUAUGGUCAACGUACACAAAGGUGUCCUUGUUGAAUGUGAUCCUGCCAUGAAACAGUUCCUCCUCUACCUGGAUGAAACCAUGGCCUUGGGAAAGAAGUUCAUCCUCAAGGACCUUGACGACACACAUCUCUUCAUCCUGGCAGAGGUGGUUCAAACUCUCCAGGAAAGAGUCGGCGAGUUAAUGGACCAGAAUUCAUUCCCUAUCACGCAGAAAUAACUUUAAUUUCAAGAGAACUAGCUAUUUUUGGACUUUGACCUCUUUGGGACAGAGAUAUCCAAACUGUUCCACAAAGGGCCGUGUGGCUGCAGGUUUUUGUUCCAAGCAAGCAGCAGCACACCAGACUUGAUUCAUGUAAUCAACUGAACUCAGUCUCCAGGCAGUUGAUUGGUCAAACUGUGUGGUCUUGAUUAUUUUGAACAAAAACCUGCAGCCACACGGCCCUUUGUGGAACAGUUUGAACACCUCUGCUUUAGGAUUCAUUAAAUGAACACUGCUGUGUUUUAAAUGCAGACUGAAAUGGAGCAGUUGCUCCUUUUGUGUUACAAAAAUGUGAAAAAAAAAACUUAAGUAAAACAACAGGGGCUUUUUGAUUUUUGGUUGCACAGUGCCUUGUAAUGUUUGUCUUUUGUGUAUGUAUUGAAUAAAUUUUAUUUCUUGA